UGAGUCUGCUCUCUAAAGUGUGGAUGGAUAGUACAGCAGCCACUCUGACAACAGAUGAGAUAUCAUCUACAAUGUCAGAAACUGAAAGCCAGAGUUCGACCACUCAAUCUACGAAUCCAGUAAGAGUGUCCUCCUCCACUUCUUCUGACCAAACGUCAUCUACGGCCAAAUCAGUCACUUCCGUGACAGGAGCUUCAGCCACUACCAUACAGAGCACUACUUCUAACAGUGCUACUGUUGCCUCAACAGGCAUUACUAUGGACACAGUUUCAGCAAAUACAUCAUCUUCAGAAAAUUACACUGCGCUAUCCUGUCCAGCAUUUGAUUGCAUGAAAGAUUGUUACGUCCAGUUUAUGAAUACGGCGGCGAAGCCUUGCCAAUCCAGUGAAUAUUUCUGUAAGAUAACGCAACAGGACACAGGUUACUCUGUCAGCUGCAGUGCCUCAUGUGGCGUAUCCUGCGGGAACGGGACUGUCAGUAAUUGCUCUGUGAACUGUUGCAACACAACCAACUGCCUCAACAACACUCUGCUUGCCAUGUCCAAUUCACUCAGUACGACAGUAUCUACAACAAAAUCCACUACUACAACCACAACAAUCAAGGCCAUAGUUACAACCACCCCAGCAAAUAAUGGCAAGAAGUGUUAUACUUUCAACUGUAAUGGGGCGGAGUGUUACAAAACCAGUACUGUCGGCAGUAAUGUCAUGCUGUGUCCAGUUGGUCAGGACUACUGCAAGCUACAAAAGACAACAUCUGGCAGUACAGAGAGCUGGCAGGCGGGUUGCAGUACAGAUUGCAGGAAGAUGACAGUUUGUUCAAGCACCACUACUACCUGCCACUUGGAGUGCUGCAAUGCCUCUACCACCUCAUGCCUCAAACUGUCAGGUGUAGUGAACAUGCCUAGCUCCGCCACCAGGGGUCCUCACUGUCCCGCACUGCUCAUGGCCUCCUUACUGCUCUUCUGGAUAGUCAAAGUCUUUCCUUGA